UUGCGGGUACAGACUAAAGAUGUGGAGGUGAACGGGCAGAACUGGACCUUUGCUUUUGACUUCUCCUUCCUGAGCCAACAAGAGGAUCUGGCAUGGGCUGAGCUCCGGCUGCAGCUGUCCAGCCCUGUGGACCUCCCCACUGAGGGCUCACUUGCCAUUGAGAUUUUCCACCAGCCAAAGCCUGACACAGAGCAGGCUUCAGCCAGCUGCUUUGAGCGGUUUCAGAUGGACCUGUUCACUGUCACUUUGUCCCAGGUCACCUUUUCCUUGGGCAACAUGGUCUUGGAGGUGACCAGGCCACUCUCCAAGUGGCUGAAGCGCCCUGGGACCCUGGAGAAGCAGAUGUCCAGGGUAGCUGGAGAGUGCUGGCAGCAGCCCCCCACACCGCCUGCCACCGAUGUGCUCCUUAUGCUCUACUCCAACCUCUCGCAGGAGCAGAGACGGCUGGGUGGGUCCACCUUGCUGUGGGAAGCUGAGAGCUCCUGGCGGGCCCAGGAGGGACAGCUGUCCUGGGAGUGGGGCAAGAGGCACCGUCGACAUCACUUGCCAGACAGAAGUCAACUGUGUCGGAAAGUCAAGUUCCAGGUGGACUUCAACCUGAUUGGAUGGGGCUCCUGGAUCAUCUACCCCAAGCAGUACAACGCCUAUCGCUGCGAGGGCGAGUGUCCUAAUCCUGUCGGGGAGGAGUUUCAUCCAACCAACCAUGCAUACAUCCAGAGUCUGCUGAAACGUUACCAGCCCCACCGAGUCCCUUCUACUUGCUGCGCCCCAGUGAAGACCAAGCCGCUGAGCAUGCUGUAUGUGGACAAUGGCAGAGUGCUCCUAGAUCACCAUAAAGACAUGAUCGUGGAAGAAUGUGGGUGCCUCUGAUGACAUCCUGGAGGGAGACUGGAUUUACCUGCACUCUGGAAGACCGGGAAGCCCCUGGAAGACAUGAUAACCAUCUAAUCCAGUAAGGAGAAAGAGAGAGGGGCAAAGUUGCUCUGCCCACCGGAACUGAAGAGGAAGGGCUGCCUACUCUGUAAAUGAAGGGGCUCAGUGGAGUCUGGCCAAGCACAGAGGCUGCUGUCAGGAAGAGGGAGGAAGAAGCCCGUGCAGGGGGCUUGCUGGAUGUUCUCUUUACUGAAAACACAGUGGCGAGGAAAAGCACAAAUGCGUUGAGUUCUCUACUGGAUUUUUAAAAAACCUGUGAACCGCCUGAAACUGUAUGUGAAAGUUGAGACAUAUGUGCAUGUAUUCUGGAGGUGGGAUGAGGUCACCUAUAGGUUUCAUGUAUUCUCCAAAGUAGUCUGUGUGUGACCUGUGCCCCUCCCCAAAGAUUAAGGAUCGCUGUACAGAUUAAAAA